CUUAUGACGGCGAAUUUGAUUUAUAUUUUUCACAAAUAACGACAUAAUUCAAAGUGGGUCACAUUUAUGCCCAAGAAAAAGCAUUAGUACACUCUAUUUGAUCCAUUUAUGCUCAACAUUGUAUUUAAUAUAUUACAGGCCACUAUAUUUGUCAAUAAACUGCUGGCAUUUUUUUAUAUUUGCUAAAUAAGAGACAAUUGAAAACUUUAAAUCGCUCUCCUGAAAAAUCGACUUUUUUGAGUUGUGACACUGUUCAAGUAAAUGAGCGAUACGUAUAUGCUUUUACAUAUAUGCAAAUACAAAUAUGUAUAUAUAUAUGUAUAUGUAAAUGUUUAAGUAUAAUGUAAAUACAUAUAUUGUAUUAAGUCAGCUGUUUCAUAAAAUUUACGGCUUUAUAGACGUUUUCGGAUUUAUAAUAUUUUUCUGGCUAUUUUUGUAUUUAGUCUAUAGAGAAGCGUAUCCGUUUCCAAAUGUCCAGAUAAUUAUUUGAAUGAGAACUUAUACAAUAUACAUAUGAUCGUCAAAGCAAAAGCUCGCAAGCUCCAUGUGAAAAUAAGAGAAAAGACAGGAUGUUUUCAUGCAAGUAAUGGUUGGGUAUCUAAUUUCAAAAAGCGAUAUGGCCUCCGCCACUUGAAAAUUUGUGGAGAGAAGCUUUCCAAUAAGACAGCGUCCGUCGGCCCAUUUGUAAUACGUUUUAGAAAUAAAAUCAAGGAGCUUGAUCUUUCUGCAGAACAAAUUUACAAUGCCGACGAGUCCGGAUUGUUUUUCAUGAAGAUACCAGAUAAAACGUUGGUGAGCUUCAAGGAAUCAUCUGAUCCUGGUCGGAAAGUUAGUAAGGAAAGAAUAACAUUUCUCGCAUGCACAAAUGCUUCGGGUACGCACAAAGUUAAGCUCUUUGUCAUUGGAAAAGCAAAAAACCCUAGAGCAUUCAAAAAUUUUCAAAAAAUGCCCGUUGUCUACAAGGCUAACAAGAACUCGUGGAUGACUUAUUUGUUUUUCGAAGACUGGUUUCAUCAUACGUUUGUUCCUGAGGUACGCGAAUUUCUAGAAUCCAAGGGACUUCCCAAAAAAGCCUUAUUGGUCUUGGAUAACGCCCCGUGUCAUCCUAAAGACAAUGAGAUGAAAAGUGAUGAUGGAGUGAUAACCGUUAUGUGUCUUCCACCUAACUGUACCGCGAUUCUCCAACCAAUGGACCAAAACGCUAUUAACUUAACAAAAGUCUAUUACAAAAAAAGUCUUUUGGAGCAUUUAAUAGGGAAUAAAACCACUCAUCUGGAGAAAAAAUAAAGGAAUUCAACUUAAGACAUGCUAUCUGUCUUGCAAGUUCAUGGGAAAAGGUGUCAGCAAGCUCCAUUCGCAAGUGCUGGAAUAUUUUAAUGAAACCAGAUGUUGAGUGGAGUAAAGAGGACGAUAUUCCUCUCAGCAUUCUAAAAAGAGAAAUUGAAAAUGAACGCGCAAUCCUUGUAUCAAUGCUCCAAGAACUUGCUCCAAAUGAUUCGUUCACAAAUGAAGAGCUAAAUGAAUGGAUGCACGAAAGUGUUGCUUAUCAAGAAGUGGAUAAAGAAGCCGUAGAAAUUGAAAAUUCUGAUGAUAGCGAAGCGGAUGUUAUUCCACCUCCUAAAAUAAAAGGAUCAGUUGCUAUGCAAUCUUUUAACACAUGCAUUCAGUGGGCUGAGGAAAACGAUAUUCCAAUAAAAGACAUUAUAUUUCUGAAGGAGCUUCGUGAAAGAGCUAUAAUAAAAACGCUUAAUAAGAAGAAAGUGUAGACAACAAUACCCAAUAUGUUCAAAAAAUAAAAUUUUUAAUAUAUCAUAAAACUUUCUAUAUCAUAAAACGAUUUUCAUUUGUCAUA